CCCGUCGCGUUUUGUCCCUGGAAUGCCAAUGGAUUUAGCCAAGCCAGAGCUUGAACAGCUCUAUCGGCGCGCCAUCGCCGACCCCCACUCCAUCUCGCGCGCCGAACGCAACGCCAUUUGGGGCUACCCACCCCCCGAGGAGGAAGACCGGCUGUGCGUCGCCAAGACGGGUCUCACCCGGGCCGGGCUGGUGGCCAAGGCGGCCGCGCAGCCGGACGAGCUCACGCUGUGCGAAGCCAAGAUUCUCCAUCAUCAUCGCGGCGUGAACUUUGACGAAGCCGAAGAGGCCGCGCCGAUUACUGAUACUCUUGACGGCUUUGAUCGGCUCGAGGCGGCGCUGUGGGAGUGUAUCAUGGAGGAGCUGCGGGGGCCUACGCCGCUGGAGAAGCUCUACAACGAGGCAGUGGCGCGAUUGUGCGCUGUCCGCUCACCCGAGGAGACCACCGCAGUGACGAAUGCCGCGAGGCGAGAAAACGAACUUGCAAUGGCUGAUUUGGAGACCCACGAGAUGUUGUGGCGGGAACACGAAAAGGCGAGGAGGUUAAAGGUCGGCACGCCCUGGAUAAGGCGAAUUCUUGGAGCCGGUCUGCUCGAGGACGGCGCCGAGUGCUGGGGCUUCGUUGUCUUCCGCACCGGGUGCUACCACGGCGAAGAGAACGAGGCCUCGUGGAAGAGGUUUCGCGAUCACUUGCUCAAGGUCGCCGAGACAUCCUUGCUGAACUAUUACAGCGGGCCCGAGCUGUGGCCUUCGCUCCGCAUUGUCUUCGUUGAGGACAAGGAGUUGGAGGGUGCCUCGAAUGAGCAGCUCCGUAUCUGGUUCCGGAAGAUGCGUGAUGGAGCCGGGGGCGAGCAGCAUCUACCCAAAGGGAUCAGGACCAACUGCUUCCUCGUUGCCGACGAGGCAGUUAUCAGGAGCGAGGCGGCCCAGACGCCAUAUACACCGAGGUUCAGGUAUAUGGACGUUAUAGAAUUCGGCGUGGAGAUCCUGGACGAGGAUCCGGUGGUAUAUAUCCGCGCCGUCGACCCGGACUAC